GGCUGUGAGUUUCAGGUGGGCAUGAAGUUGGAGGCGGUGGACAAGAAGAACCCUGGACUGGUCUGCGUGGCCUCUGUUGCUGAUGUCAUUGACGACCAUUUCCUGGUUCACUUUGACAAUUGGGACGACAGCUACGACUACUGGUGUGACAGCAGCAGUCCUUACAUCCAUCCUGUUGGCUGGUGUGAGAAGGAGGGACGACCUUUGACUGCUCCACAGGGUCAUCCAAACCCUGAAAACUUUGUGUGGGAGGAGUAUCUGCAGGAGACUUCUUCUGCUGCUGCUCCCAGUUCAGCUUUCACUCUGAGAGCUCCACAUGCUUUCCAGGUGAACCACAGGCUGGAGGCCGUCGAUAGGAGAAACCCUAUGCUUCUCCGUGUCGUCACAGUGACCGACACAGAAGACUACAGGAUAAAGAUCCAUUAUGACGGCUGGUCGUCACAGUUUGAUAUUUGGCUCGACAGCGACCACUGCGACCUGCAUCCUGUCGGCUGGUGUCAGCGCACAGGACACCCCCUGGAACCACCCCCAGGUUCGUCCCCUCUGUCCUCCCCCUCUCAGGGAGUGUGUCCCACUGCGGGUUGCCGAGGAGUCGGACACAUUAAAGGAGCCAAAUACACAGGACACCACAGUGCCUUUGGGUGUCCAUACUCAGACAUUAACAUGCGUAAGGAGGUGGUGCUUCCUGAUAGGCUGGGAGGAGAGAGAUCUGUUACCCUUGUACCUGUCGCUAUUCAUCACCUUAGCAGCCAACCUUACAGGAGAGGAGUUCAGGUGAAGACAGAAUCAAAAGACGAGACGCUGCUGCUUCCUCUGGGCAAGAGACGGAGGAUGACAGACAGGCUGUCCGAACCAACCAAAUUACUGUGUGUGAAACAGGAAGAGGAGGAGCUUCAGCUCAGCACCAUCCAUCCAGGUGUCAGAGUUUAUCCAGUCUCUCCCUGGCUGUGAGGAACAAGCCAAACAGUUCAGAGACGAGCAAAUAGAUGGUCGAGCCUUUCUUCUGCUCACCCAACAGGACAUCAUCAGGAUCAUGUCAAUCAAACUUGGCCCGGCACUCAAAAUCUACAACUCCAUCCUGAUGUUUAAACAUGCCAAGGACAAGAGCCAAUCACAUGCUGAGAAUAACAGCCAGUCACACAUUCAGGAUUCUAGCACCUGACACAUGAAACUAGGGACUACAUGAACUCUAAAGUCCUGCCCCUACAUUUCUGUCCCCUCCGCUCAGCCUAGUAUCAUCCAAUCACUAAUCAGAUUUGAACAAGUGAUGUCACUCUGAGUUCAGGUGUCCUGCAGAGAGAAAGGCUGCUGCCAUCUUUGUGUCACUCCACAUCCAGGCAUCGGAGCUUCAUUCCAGGCUCCACCCCUUUGUGGAGGCUGAACUUAGAACCCGUGAGUCCAGUCUGAAAAGGAUUCUGGGAUGUAGAGAAACAUCUGUGGUGAUGAUGUUCAGGUUGAACAUCUGGGUCCAGACCCUGAAGAGUUUCUGUGUUGCAUCAAAACAAAAGUAAACAACAACAAUUAAAAUAAAAAACACGGUAGGACUGAUUGUGGCUGAACAUUUACAGAAAUAUUAAAUAUUAUUUAUAUGAAGUUACUGUAAUCUGAUAAAACAACAACUAAAACAUAAAUACAAGCACAAGUUGGUAGAACAGGAAAUAUGAUUUGAUUGAAAGUCUUACUAUUAAAAGUUCUAUGAACAAAUAAAAAGUUUGACUACAAAUCAGUAAUACAGAAAACAGACAAACAUGUUGGAAGUCGUUAUGAAAAGUGUUGCUGAGGUGUUAAAGUUAUUAUCUUGUUAUUAACAUGCCAAAUAGAUGUCUUUACCAUGUUAAUAAGAUAAUGUAAAAAGAUGUUGAUGGAAAGUCAUGAAUAUGUGAUGUCAUAUCACAAAGAUGAUUUUAUUUUAUUUUUUUACCGUUAUUCUACGACAUAAAUGGAUGUUAAUGACAUAUUAAUGACAUGUUAAGACAGCUGUCAUGUCAACCAAAUGUCUUUCAUGUAGGUGAGUCGGAAACAUAUUGAUCAGGUGUUUUAUAUUAACAUUAAUGUUUCUUUGACACAUUAUGUUAAUGAGAUCAAACAUAAUGAGAUUGAGACAAUAAUGUGYGAUUACAUGUUAAUAAGACAUUGUAUUCUAAAGAAAAUGUCAUGGUCAUGUUGGUGUUUUGUUAUUGUCCURUUUUUAAGAAAAGUUAUCUUAUUAAUGAGGGGAUGAUGUUGGUGUGUCUUCUUCAUCUUUACAUGUUAUUAAUAUGUCACCCAGCUGACAUAUUUGAGAGAUGGUGAUGUAAUAUUAAAAUAAUAAUGUGUUAGAGA